GCUGUCAGUCCGUCAGUCUGGCAUAGCAGUGCGGAUGAGCCGGAUACGCCAACUUUAAGCAAUAUAGUUGAUCAAAUUCACACCGAAUUCAGACUCGGACACGUUCCGCACUCGGAAUACUGGCUGCGCCUAAAAAUAAACACCUUUUCGGGGCAGACAAACGACGAAGAAAGAAAGUGGGAGUGGGAUUUUGCUUGAGACAUAUUUGAAGGGUUGUUGGCUUAGCCUGACUGGGUGAGUUAGCAUGCUAACGGAGCAGCGCUGCAGUGGAUGUCUCUCCACCCGCUCUUUUUUCUCCAAAUUAAACUGACGUCGCUCAAAUUACAUAUUAUUCUUCAUUUUCAGUGGUAUCGGUCAGUAUUUGGUUUGUUUUUUCUUUAAGCGAAGUGUUAGAAAAGCUCCCGAGUGGAGACUGACUUGGCAGGCUAGCUAGUUAGCAAGUAAGGAGGGCUUACUAAUGAAGUCUUAAGGAGCUUUUGCAGUUUACGGACGAGAACUUACAAAUAAUACGGCUUUUUGCUCUGAACUUUAAUGUUAUAUGUAACAGCAGACUUUUUGUAGCACAUUUGGCGAGAUAUUCAUCUGUCUAGCGAUCUAAUAGUUGAGUUGGUACAGCUAGCUGGCUGCGGUUAGCUUACUGAACGUUAUGCCAAAUUAUAUUUUACUAAGAGACAGUUAGGACCCCACUAGCUUAAUUAAAACACUUGUCACUGUGUGAUAGUUAAUUUAUUGUUAUACAACAAACAAUGGCCUCGGCUGGUAACACUGUCUCAUCGUUUGCGAGCAAAACGAAAACGAAGAAGAAACACUUCGUGUGUCAAAAAGUGAAGCUGUUUCGUGCCAGCGACCCUCUCCUCAGUGUUCUCAUGUGGGGAAUAAACCAUUCGAUAAACGAGUUGAGCCAUGUUCAGAUCCCCAUCAUGCUUAUGCCUGAUGACUUCAAAGCCUACUCAAAGAUUAAGGUGGACAACCACCUUUUCAACAAAGAGAAUAUGCCAAGCCAUUUUAAGUUUAAAGAGUAUUGCCCUCUUGUUUUCCGUAAUUUGAGAGAGAGGUUCAGCAUCGAUGACCAGGACUUCCAGAACUCUUUGACCCGCAGUGCACCCCUCGUCAGUGAAGCUCAGGGCCGUAGUGGUGCUCGCUUCCACACCUCCUACGACAAGAGGUACGUCAUCAAAACCAUAAGCAGCGAGGACGUGGCUGAGAUGCACAACAUCCUCAAAAAGUACCACCAGUAUAUUGUGGAAUGUCAUGGUACCACACUGCUGCCACAGUUUCUAGGCAUGUACCGCCUCACUGUAGAUGGAGAUGAGACUUAUAUGAUAGUCACACGCAACGUUUUCAGUCACCGGUUGUCUGUGUAUAAGAAAUAUGACCUGAAGGGAUCUACUGUUGCCAGAGAGGCAAGUGACAAAGAAAAGGCUAAAGAACUCCCCACGUACAAAGAUAAUGACUUUAUCAAUGAUGGACAGAAAAUAUACAUCGAUGAAGAGAGUAAGAAAACCUUCCUUGAUAAGCUACGAAAGGACGUGGAGUUCCUUGCUUUGCUGAAGUUGAUGGACUACAGUCUUUUGGUUGGGAUCCAUGACGUGGAAAGGGCAGAACAAGAGGAGGUGGAGAGUGAAGAUAAUGAAGGAGAAGAGGAAGGAGAGAGUGAUGGAGGCAUUAUCGGCACUCCUCCUGACAGUCCCAGUAACACUCUGGACAGCGCUAAACCACUCUUGCCGGGAGACUUCGACCCCAGUAUUGACGUCUAUGCCAUCAAAAGCCAUGACAAUUCUCCCAGAAAGGAGGUCUAUUUUAUGGCUGUUAUUGACAUCCUGCAGCAUUAUGAUGCCAAGAAAAAGGCCGCUCAUGCAGCCAAGACAGUAAAGCAUGGGGCUGGGGCAGAGAUUUCCACCGUGAACCCAGAGCAGUACUCCAAGAGAUUCUAUGAUUUCAUCACUACCAUUCUGCCCUAGUCCGAGGCAGCUGAGCUGAGUCCACAGGGAUGAAGAGGGACGCCAGCAGAGGGGUGUUGAACACUCACUCGCCCGCUCUGCCACAGGGGGGCACCCCUACAGCAGCUACAACAACCAUUCGUUUACAUUUUGAUUUUCAUUUAUUCGUCUUUCUGUUUUGUGGGACCAUGAGAGAGUGAUGGAAAAGGACAACAGUUAUAACUUUUUUGGGGGGGAUAGGGCUUUUUACUGCUUUCUUAUGCAUGCCCCUUAAUCUUGUUUGUUCCAUUUGACAUUUUUCUUGCCUUUUAAAGUGGAAGAGGAUGGAGAGAGGAAAGAGAGCUCAUGUGCUGGUCUGUGGCUCAGUUAGUAGAAUUAGGUCUCUGAAAAAAGGAGGCCGAAAACACAACUUCUCAAUCGUUCUCUUACUGAAUCAUUCAUCAAAUCCCUAGCCGAACUCACUUCACGCAACCCUUGGCUGCCCGCUCUGCUUUACUCCACCGGGGUCAACAGCUUCGCGGAAAGGCACCUGAAACACUUGACACCACGGCACCUGCUAACUCUCCUUACUCGCGCGGUCCUCUUCAUUCUCUGGGCAGACUAACCAGAAACGCUCUUUGAGCCAUUUACAAAAGGAGGACCCUAACUUGCCUUGUGUGGACAGACAGCUGAAUCUGACUGUUUUGCAGGUUCCUUCAGUGUUCUGAGGCAAACGCGUUUGAAACGGUGGCGAAGAUUCCGGUAGGUUUUUUUUUUUUUUUUAGUUUUGUUUUGCAGCAACUUGACAGGAGGGAGAAUGAAGACACUGAGGCAGCAGGAUCAGUG